CUCAAGUCAGAAGUUGGAUAUUUGAGUUGGAAUGAAUGCCAUCAGUACGAAUUCCUUGUCGUCCUCCUUGGCUCCACAGCUAAACGCAGACGUUCCUGACACUUGUAAAGAAUGCGGUAGUGACGACUUGGUUGAAGACCAUGCGCAAGGCGACGUGAUAUGUAGGAACUGUGGUCUCGUCGCUGCUGAAAGAAUCGUGGAUUUAGGCUCGGAAUGGAGAAACUUUGAAAAUGAUGAUAGUGGUACAGACCCAAGUCGUGUGGGAGGGCCGAACAACCCCCUUCUUGAGUCGGGUCCAAGUACUGUCAUCGGAGGAGGAGCUGUUUCGGACUCUAGAAGCUUAAAUGCUCGGUUGAAUCGAGCUCAAAAUAGGCACAACACCUCCAAAAGUGAUCGCGUUUUACUUGAUGCGUUUUCUUUGAUAAGUCAAUACGCAGAACGUUCUUACCUUUCACAGAGAGUAGUCGACAGAGCACAGGAGUUGUUCAAACUAUAUUUCGACCAUCUCACUCUGAACCCACAAGGUGGUAGAACCCGCUAUUUGAAAGAGCACGAAACUGUUUCAGUCGUCGCGGCUUCACUUCACUGGGCUUCCCAAAUCGAAGGCGUUCCCAGAACUUUUAAGGAAAUGAGUAGUUUAACACAAGUACCUAAGAAGACGCUCAGUGACACGUAUCUUAAAAUGAAACAAAGUCUCAAACUCAAUCAACUGAAUAAGAGCACCGAAGACUUUAUUGGACGCUUUUGUUUUUAUCUUCGAUUACCUCAUUUUUUCAUUUCCAAAGCGCUUCAGAUUGUGCAGGUGUGUCGAGAUGUUGAUGGAGUCUAUGGAAGGAGUUAUGUGACUAUAGCUGCUGCCGCAAUUUACACAGCUUGUGAGAAGUUUGGUGAUGAAGAGUUGAAAAAAAUGGUUCGUUUGCAGUUGCCGAAAGUAUCUGGUGUGGAAAUUGUGACUAUUGUAAAUACAUUCAAAAUAAUGAAGCCGCAUUCAGAUAAGAUUUUGGAAAGUCGACAAAGCAAUGUGCAUUGAACAAGGGCAACGUUGAAGGGACUAGAAUA